AUGGCUGCCCUAAAACCCUCUUAUCAGAUCAAGAUUCAACAAAACCCUGUGUUUGACACUAGCCAAAACCACACUACAAAACACAAGCCCUUCUACCUUAUGUAUAGCCAACACACUAUAGUGCCUCUAGACUUGCAGCUACAAGGAAGUAAAGAAACCCAAAAUAACAUCAGAAAUGCUCAAGAAAGACAAAAAGGAUACUAUAAUAAGAGUAUUAAGUCCAUUGAAUUUAAAAUUGGUGAUCAAGUCCUCCUUUAUGAAUCUGCCAAAGAGAAGGUUUAUAGCAACAAACUUAGAGAAAAAUGGAAAGGCCCUUACUUCGUCCAUGAUUACAGAGUCUCUGGUGCAUACAAGCUACGAACGGUCGAAGAGAAG